AAGUCGUCCUCGUUCUCUUCCACUUCCUUAGUUCCUACCCCUCUUCUUCGUACAGUUCUCUAUAGUAUCUAUAGUUCCCUUCCUACCAUGUCCAUGUCGCGCUUUUCGAUUUUUCCUCCUCGCCUAUAAUGUAAUUGUGCAAUUGAAUCGUAAUACCGUUGUUCUGAUCCGGCGAGCCUCUUUCAAAUACGCCUCCGCCUGUUGAAAAUCGUGGGAAAAGUGUCCCGAGCCGCCCUUCGACCGCUGGGAGGCGAUAAUAAAAUUAAUACAAAAGUGGGAGGAUCGGACGAGCUGCGGAAUUGUUCCGAGUCUUCUCAUUUUUUCUUUCUUAUUUUUUUAUUUAUUUAUUUAUUUUUCCCCCUUACGACCUCCUCUCGCCAGCUAUCGCGAUCGAAUCGGCGAGACCAGGUUUAUGAUGAAAAUUGUAUGACUCGGAAACAUGGCAAAUGUGGAAAGGUACAGAACUCAGAUGGUCUAUACAGUGCAGGAGUACGGAUUGUAUCCAGUCCGGGACCACCACGAAAACGAUAAUGAAGCAACUAGACGAGUACGUCUUAAAAUUAUAAGAGGUCAUCAGUUGGCAAAAAAAGAUAUUUUUGGAGCAAGGGGACAUUUUAACUGUUCCAGCGAUCCUUAUGUGAGGAUUGACCUGAAUACAAUAGUUGGUGAAGCGACUGUGGAUUCUGUCUUGACCAAAACAAAAAAAAGGACGUUAAAUCCAUCCUGGAAUGAAGAGUUUAUUUUUAAAGUAAAACCGUCUGAACAUAAACUUGUUCUUCAAGUUUUUGACGAAAAUCGUUUGACGCGAGAUGAUUUCCUUGGCCAAGUUGAACUGUUAUUGGAAAACUUACCAGUGGAAGUCGAAGGAACAGAAAUAGCUUCAAAAAAGUAUAUUCUUUAUCCAAGGAGUUCAAGAUCACGUGUUCGAGGCUAUUUGGAAAUUUAUCAUGCCUUUAUUGAUGAUGAAGUCAGUAACAAUUCAAGAAGAGAUGGCUCAAGGGAUUUGGAAGUAGAAGCUAGUUCAGAAGCAUGCGAUCGAAACAAUUUGCCAGAGGGAGCUCAAGUCUGUGAUAACACCCUCCCUGCAGGAUGGGAAGAAAGGCAAGAUGCUAAUGGACGGACUUACUAUGUAAACCAUGUUGCUCGGUCUACACAGUGGGACAGGCCUGUUCCAGAUUCUGCCCACCAAAACCUGCAGAACCUGGAAUCGGCUGCAACUGAAUUUCAAAGACGUUUUCACAUAAGUGUCGAUGAAGCAGACUCAUCAACACGGAGAGCCAGUUUAAUGUCCUCUCAUAGCACCGAUGAUCAGACUGUCAAUACUUCUAGUGAAGGCCUGCCCGAAGGUUGGGGCUUACAAAUCGCUCCGAAUGGCAGAGUAUUUUUCAUAGAUCAUAAUAAAAAAUCGACAACUUGGGUGGAUCCUAGGACUGGCAGGGCAAGUGCUAUGCCCCAACAAAGUGGAGCGGGAAGUCAAAUCAGAGGACAUGUCACACCUGACGGAGAUUUGGGUUCUUUACCAGAAGGAUGGGAAGAGAGGGUCCAUACUGACGGCCGGAUAUUUUUUAUUGAUCAUAAUUCUAGAAAAACACAAUGGGAAGACCCCAGAUUAGCUAAUCCCCAGAUUGCUGGACCAGCGGUGCCUUACUCUAGAGACUACAAACGUAAAUACGAAUAUCUGAAAACUCAGUUAAGGAAGCCUACAAAUGUUCCAAACAAAUUGGAAAUUAAAGUUAGAAGACAUGCAAUUUUGGAAGAUUCGUAUAGAAUUAUUACAAACAACGCAUCGCGGCCUGAUUUACUGAAAACUAAACUUUGGGUGGAAUUUGAGGGCGAAGUGGGAUUGGACUAUGGAGGCCUGGCGAGGGAAUGGUUUUUUCUUUUGUCCAAAGAAAUGUUCAACCCUUAUUAUGGAUUGUUUGAAUAUUCAGCCAUGGACAACUAUACUCUACAGAUCAACCCAAAUUCUGGUUUAUGUAAUGAGGAACAUCUGAACUACUUUAAAUUUAUUGGAAGAAUUGCUGGGCUUGCGGUAUAUCACGGAAAACUUCUUGAUGCAUUUUUCAUUCGACCAUUUUACAAAAUGAUGCUUGGAAAAAAUAUCGAAUUAAAAGACAUGGAAAGCGUAGAUUCCGAGUACUACAAUUCUCUCUUGUGGAUUAAGGAAAAUGAUCCGGCUGAACUCGGUCUGACAUUUUCCGUUGACGAAGACACCUUAGGCCAUACAUGUCAGAGAGAAUUGAAACCAAACGGUGGUAAUAUUCCACUAACACAGGAAAAUAAAGAUGAAUAUAUAAGACUUGUGAUAGAGUGGAGAUUUGUUGCUCGUGUGCAGGACCAAAUGAAUGCUUUCUUAGAUGGAUUCAAUGCUCUCGUUCCGCUUAAUCUCAUUAAAAUCUUUGAUGAGAACGAACUGGAAUUACUCAUGUGUGGCAUACAGAACAUAGAUGUCAAGGAUUGGAAGACAAAUACCGUUUAUAAAGGAGAUUAUCAUCCUAAUCACAUUACUAUUCAAUGGUUUUGGAGGGUAGUACUAUCUUUUAGUAAUGAAAUGAGGUCAAGAUUGCUUCAGUUUGUCACAGGAACUUCAAGAGUUCCUAUGAACGGAUUUAAAGAACUAUACGGGAGCAACGGGCCACAGAUGUUCACUAUUGAAAAGUGGGGUUCAACUGACAAUUACCCAAGAGCUCAUACUUGCUUCAACCGUCUAGAUCUUCCUCCUUAUGAAAGUUAUCAGGACUUGAGAGAAAAAUUAAUAAAGGCCAUUGAAGGGUCACAGGGUUUUGCAGGAGUUGACUAGCCUUUUUGAAUUGUAGCGAGGUAAACAGAUAUCACACUACUUUAUAAAUCAAGAAAGUUGUAAGUUUUUUUUAUACCGAUGUACUGCAUUUACUCAUUUUGUUGUUUUUCAUUUGUGAUACAUUAUUAGUCAUACAUUGUUUUUUCUUUGGGGGGGGGGGAUUUGGCUCAUUUUUUAAUUUUUAAUUUUUUUUUUAGAACUUCUAAAAAGGAAACGUGACUUUAUGUUGAAUGAAAUUUGAAAAGCAAUUAACUUAAAAUUUAAGAUUUUGAAGAAAGAACUAGUCCUACAGCUACCUCAUCACUUUUCCAUUUGAUACGAUACCACUUUUGAAAAGCCAAUAACACACUUGCACAACGGAUUGUAUUAACAAUUAAAAAAAUUAUUAACACA